UGAGGAGGGUUAUAUUUACUCCAGGAGUAAGUUAUUAUAACUUACUCCAAAUCUAAACCAUUGAUUCUUUUCAAUCUAAUGGUUAAAAAUAAUAAGUUAUGAAAGGGUGCAAGAGAAAGGAAUGAAAUACGUAAAAAGAAUAGUGAUCUAGAUAAAAUUAAUUAACAAUUUUUUUCUCAAUCAAUUAAAUUAUACAGCAAUUAAAUUGGAGGUAAUUUUUAGCGCUAAAUUUUUUUGACAAUUUUUAGAAGAGCAUUAUCUCUUAGAUAACUGUUACCCAUUAUCUUCUCUUAUGAGAACUUCUUCACUACUUUUUAAUUUCUUUUCUAACUAGCUUCAAUUUCUUUCAUAAUCAGGUUAGUUUAUUCUUUUUCAAGGUAAAUGCAUAUUUUAAGAUUUCAUUCAUUUUCAUCUUAAUCAAUUUUGUAAUUGAUUUGUUCAUGUUUUGUCAUUCUCUAUUUAGUCAUGGCUCCCCCAAAUCAAGGUCCGGAUUUACAAAUUCCAAAUUCUUCAAAUACAAGUAAGCAACAAGAAGGUAUUUAUUAAACCCCUUUACAUUAAUUUUCCUAUUCAUAUACUAUUUGUUCUCAUAUUUCUAUCUUAAAAGUUCACAUUAUAUUUCUCAUAAACUUAACUUUUGGAUCAAAAUACAAUGGAACAUACAAAUACAAGAAAAAUUGGAAGAGGAAGAACUAUUGGCUUAGGUAUUGUAAAAAAGAAAAAGAAGAGCUCUAUUGGAAAAUUGCAAGUUGUUAUUCCAAGUGAUAAAAUGGUAGCUGUUGGACCAGGAGCUGCAAAUUUUGUGACUGAGAUUUCAAUAGUUGUCCUAAAGAAUGCUCCUUUUAAUGUCAAAAGGUGGAAAAAAGUACCACAAGAUGUACAUGACAAGAUAGUUUCAAAAGUUUUGGAUAUUUUUGACAUUGAUAAUACAACACACAACAGGGAUGUCAUUCUCGAUACUGCUAAAAGACUCUAUCGAAAUCAUAGAUGUAGAUUCCAUCGACACUUUAGCCAAUACAACACAAAUGAGACAGCUUUAGAACAUAAGCCAGAUGAUAUAAGUGAGGAAGAUUGGAAGUAUUUGGUAGAUUAUUUUUCAAGUGCUACCUAUAAGGCAAUUAGUGAAAGGAACAAAUUAAAUAAAACAAAACAAGUUAUGAAUCAUAGAUGUGGAAGGAAGUCAUUUCAAGCUGUUAGUUAUGAUGCGAGAGAUCUAGAAACUCAAAAAGAGCCAAACUAUCAAGAUUUAUGGCGAAUGACCCACACAAAUAGCAAUGGAGAAUAGAUAAAUGAUGCCUCUAAGGAAGUACAUACAAAGGUUGGAGAAGCUUAUAAUGAUUUUGAAGAAGCCGGAUAUGUGGACGAAGAUAAAGACAAGCUUAUAAACAUUGCUUUUAAAUCAGUUGUAUGAGAAAUAUUUGGAUAUUGGCGUGGCUUAGGAGCUGGAAUAAAACCACAAAAGGGUAAAUCUGUUAUUGGCUUACAUGAAGAAUUAGAAAAGGAGUGUGCAAAGAGGCAUGAUAUGGAAAUGAAAUUAAAAGAUGUAGAAACUCAACUCCAAGAAGAGCAAAAAUUGAGGGAAGAAAUGACUGCAAAGUUUGAAGAGAGUCAAAGACAACUCGAAGAAAAAAUAAAGACGCAAUUUGAAGAAAAAAUGGCAAAUAUGUUUUAUAAAAUGAUGAAUUUUCAAGGAGGACAAUCUUCUAGUACACCGAAUACAACUUUUGAAUCUGAUCACAAAGUUAAUAACAUGACUACAAAAAAAUUGUCAAGUAAGAGUACUUCAACUACUUCACCAAGAAAGCUUCGAAGCAAAGAUAUAAAGAAGAGUUAAUAAUCAUGUUGGCGAGAGUCAUAAUUUCAUUUAUCAACUAUGUAAUUUUUAUUUUUAUUUUUAUUUUUAUGGGAACAAGGUUGUUUAUUAAUAUUUAGUUUUUGAUGUUUUUAGAAAUUUAAAUUUUUAUGUCAAUUGGGAUAA